ACCAUCUUAGCGCGUGGAACGCAGAAGUUUUGCGAAGCGUAAAUUUUUUUUGCCGUAAUAUUUAUCGACAACUCUACUGAACAUAACUCAAGUAGGAGUUAAAUAAUGGCGGCGGCGUUGUUACAAUGACAGCGUGAAGCAGUAUUAAUGGAGCUCCAUUUAAUGUUCUGUGAGACGGAGGACGGUGAAGGGAACCCGGCCAUCUUUUCACACAGCGACCCCGACCCGGCGCUGGGAGACAUUCCAGCUUCUCUAGCCAGCUACUUUGAGACGUCAGAAAGCCGAGCAGCAGCCUGCGAGAGACUGAUCCUGGAGCAGCUGGAAGAUGACUAUGCAGAGAAUAAGGAGGAUUUUGCGGCGAACAUCAGGCAGCAUCUGGCAGAGCGAGGCAACCCUCACCGCGAGCAGACGCAGGAAACGGAGACGAGGCGACGGAGAGAGAUGGACUUCCAGGAAGAGCUGAGGAGGAACAUGGAGGCAGAGAAGCGUCAGCAGAUGGAGCUGGAGCUCAGACAGAGAAAGGCUCAGGAAAAACUGGACCAGGAGCUGCUGCUUCGCCAGGAGCUCAUUGGGAACUUCAAAAAGCAAGUGGAGCAGGAGAGGGUGAUGAUGGAAGAAGAGAAAAACAGGAGAAUAUUGGAGGAAGUCAAGAUGAAGCAAGAGAAGAGGAAAAAUGACAAAGAGGAAAAGAAAAAAUGCAACAAAAUCAGAGAGGAUGGAAGAAAUGGGGAGAGGGAAGAAAUGAGAAGAAAGGUAGAACAGGAAGAGGGGAAAAAGAGGGAAGAGACAGAGAAGGGAGAGGUGAACAGAAAGAAGGAAAAUAAGUCGAAAGAGGAGAAGGGAUGUUUUACAGUAAAUGGAAAGAUGAUGACGAUGGACGGCGAAGAGAGAAAAGUGGAUGAGACAAAGCUUGGAGAUGAACCGGAAACAAUGGAAGAGAAGGAUGAUGGAGAAAAGAGAAGAGAGGAACAUUUUAGAAUUGGUUCUCUUAGUAAAGGUCAGGUGCAGCAAGAAGAGAAGGAGGGAGGAGAAGAGGUUCAACUACAGAGGAAGACAUUUAAGAAUGAAAUGCACCACAAAGACGGUGAAGAGAAGAGAAAGAUAGAUGAGAGGAAGAGUCAUUUAAAAAUCUGUCUUCAGAGAAGGAAAGAGGAGAAGAGAAGAGACAAAGAGAUGGAAGGCCAGGGGUUAGAGACAGCUACACAGAAAGAAGAAGGGGAACAAAGAAGCACAGAAGAAGAAAACAAAGUUAAGCAAGAACGGAGAGGAAGGAAAGGAUAUGAAAGAGAGAAUAGAGAAAUAGAGGGUUUGGAAAAAGCAGAGGAUGAAGAGAAGAGGCAGGAAGAGUUGACGGAUGACAACCAGAGAAAUGAUGAUGGGACAACAGGUGCAGAAGUGGACAAGUUGAGAACUGAGACGGGAGAACAGGUAGAAACGAGGGGGAGAGGAGCAGAGGAUGGAGGAGGAACAGAGGGGAAGAAAGACGCAAUAAAAGAGGAGCAGCCGAUUGGCCACAAUCAUCUGGAGGAGAACAAAGGAGGAAGUCACAGUUCAAGAUCUCUACAGAAUUCAGAUAAACCUGGGCCUCAGGCCUCCUUAGUGUCUGACCCAUCAGUCAGCGAGGCCACACCAACCCCCCCAGCUACACAGCAACAUGGGCCAGACGACAACAUCUGGGACACCUCUGCAUUAGAAACCGCUGACCAGACACAUUCAGAGCCGAAGCCGUCCGCCUGGUGCCGCUCUCUGCCUGCUUCCCUUCAUGAGCGCACAGAGCAGAAGAGGCUGUCCUGGAUGGAGCGCUGCGCGCCCUGGUCCGAAUUGUCCCUGCAGAACAAGAGGAAGCAGAAGGGUUCCUUCCAGAGCCGGAGGAGGCCGAGGAGGGCGGGCGGAGUUAGCAGCCUGGCCCCGCUUUGCCCCCGCGCUCUGCUCCAGUCCACAGGCAGAGCAUCCCUGCAGGAGGUCACCACAGUCACAUUGGAGGACUUGCCGGCCUGCGGCCUGUCUACUCUUGCCCAGUGUAAGCGACUGCAGCGCCUCACCCUCAGACGCUGUGGCCUCAGGUCUUUGGAAGGCAUCAGCCAGUUGCAGGAGCUCUGCUACGUGGAUUUAGAGGAAAACGACAUAUCAUCCCUGGACUGUGAGAACAUGGGCAGUUUGAGAGUUCUUCGACUCGCCCACAACAAGCUGACGUCCAUCCACGGUUUAAGCGGCGCUGAUAGUUUGGACGUUCUCGACCUCUCUCACAACUCAAUCACUCGCAUUGCUGGUCUAGAGUCUGUGAGGAGGCUGCAGAGGCUUUCAGUGGACCACAACCAGCUGAUUAGUACCAAAGGGCUUAGGGACGUGUAUACACUCCUCCACCUGGACUGCUCUCACAACCACCUGGCAAAAGUUGAGGGUCUGGAGAACAGUGCUCUUCUCCACACUCUGGAUCUAAGAUCCAACAGCCUUACUGAGCCCCCCAGCCUGAACAACCAGGUUCUCCUCAGAGAGCUGCUGCUGGACGAUAACGCCAUCUCUUCCCUCCAAGGCCUCGCCGCCUGCUGGCUUCCUCUGCUGCAGCAUCUUGCUGUCCCCCAAAACAGAAUAACCCAGCUGCCCUCCAUGACUGACUUUGUAUCUCUUAAAAAAUUGGAUGUGAGCUUCAACUGCCUGUCAGAGCUACGAGAUGUGUGUGAGAGUCUGGAGGGUUGUCUGUUUCUCCAAGAAGUUCAUCUGACUGGAAAUCCGCUUCAGCAGGAGACUGACUGGAGAUCCAAACUGCAGAGAGCAGUGCCUGGGCUGAGGGCCUUUGACAGCCAGCAGACACACUCCUUGCUCUCUUCUCUGGCUUCUCAACAGCUCAGCUUGGCCCCAGACACGUUCCUUAUGCUCUGUCAAGUGCAGCUUCAGCAGACUCAGGAUUUACAUCAGCGCCUCAGCAGGGAGCUCAGAAAUGCGUCAUCAUCUCUGGAUGCUAUGAAAAGCUGCUGCCAUCACUUUGCUCUGGCUUUGCAACUAGCCGAGGACCAGAGAUUCGCUCAUGAAUAUGGCGACACCGCUGUGUCUGAGGAACACACGGAUGCAGGCCAAACAAUGGAUGAGAAAUCCCUGGACUUGGAUAGUAGAAGUUUGGAGAAGCUCACAGAUUCCCUGAAAAGCGAGUCCCCUGUCAGACGACCUCCCGACAACCCGGGCAGGGAACAGCACGGACACAAUCACUGCCACUUUGAGGACGCAGCCGAUGAACAGGGACAAGACACAUUUGGUGGCGUUACAGCUGGCCAGAGGUCUAAAACAGAGUCUAGCGAUGCCAGAUGUUUUGUUCACUUUUGCCCUUCGAAAGGAGAAAGAAUCUCCACCAGACUGGACAACUUGGCCAGGAAAAACGCAGCGGCCACCGUGCUUCAGAGGACGUGGAGGACAUACAGGCGCCGAUGUGGAUACGCUACGGCCUCUUCCACCGCAGACUCCGGAGGAGAAAGGGAAGGACAUGCAGAAAAUGAUGGGAGCACUGCCGGCCGAGACCAUGCAGCAGCUGUCAUACAGGCGUUUUGGAGGGGCUGCGCUCUGAGGAGGAGGCUCGCAUCUGCUCUCGAUGCUUUAGCGCGCGCCGACACCGGAGAAGAGGACACCUUGGAGGAAGUGGAUGUGGAGGAAUUUGUCGUGGAUGAGCAAACACUGGAAGAACAGUGGACAAUGACCGUCUCUGACGACCCUCCUCCCCUGCGUCAUCCUGUGACAGAACAAAACUUAUCUCCAAAGGUUGUACUGGAACCAAAGCAGGCCUGGGCGGCUGAGGAGCAAAGAGACUCUGUAGCAGAAAGAUAUUCAGCAGGAGGUUCCAGUAGAAGCAUGUCUCCUGCUUCGACCUCGGUACACAGUGGUCUGUCUGCAAGAUCAGAACAAAUUCUGCAAGAAUGGGGCUUUGCCGACAGCCGCACCGCGCUUCUUAUGCUAAAGAGAGCCCAGAAGAUGAAGGCGACUAAACCACAGCAGAAAAAACAUGGAAAUCCCUCUGGCCACGUUGCCUCCAGAGGCUGCAAUUACCAAAUGAGCCCGGCGGAGGCGAGGAACAGGCCGGCACGACACAGCAGACGUUGUUUAAAAGUUGGCGAGGCCCAGUUGGGUCUUCAGUGGGCGGGGCGAACGGAGCAGAUGAGGUGGCAGCAAGCUCAGCAGCAGCUGCAGGCGCAGGUCCCGCUGGCUGACCGCCACUCAGAGAGAGGAGCCUUUUUACCAGAGAUAAACUCAUCCACAGUGAGCAGUGGUAGAGUUCAACUCAUGGCUGACCCGGCGUAUGCAGAUCUCCCCAGCACUGCAGGACCGAGCUCCAAAAGCAGCCUGACUGCCCAGCUUGUCUGCACAAGAACCCUGACUCGAGCAAGUAAAGAAGCUCCACCCCCUAGACGAGUCACAUCUCCUGUGGUAAAUAAGGAGCGCAUCUCUUUCCGGGACUUCCCCGUCCAGCUGAGCGUCGGCUGGGGAGGAGGCAAGAAGAGGGACAGACUGCCCAAGUAA